UGUUCACAUAUUUUCAUAACAAAUAAAAACACAAACACAAAGACUUUUCCAUCAUUAAUUAUUUUUUAGUUAAUAAAAAAAAUAGUAAAUAAUGUCGGAAAAAGGAGUAAGUGAAGAUGCACAAGCAAAUGGUGAUCAAAGUUUGCAGGCGAUAUUUUCCAAGGGCUGGGAAGGGUUCGAGGAAUUAGAAGAAACUUCUCUACCAUUCAACUCGGCAGAAUAUCAACGCAAAGUCAAAGAGACUAUGAAGAAAUUUGAAGAAGCCACAACUAUUGUAAAUCAGAUUGGUCUAUUCAGUCCCAAUGAGCUUAUCGAUGAAGUUUCUACUGAUUCGUUGCAAUACCUGAUGCUUCCCUUCUAUUUGGGUAAAAUAGCACUAAAACUACAACAUGAAAGUCGUGGUGAAGUACUCCAAAUUGCUGAAGUAUACUUCAAAGAUUUUUUACAGCGUUGUCAAGAAUAUGAGCUAUGUGACGAGUAUAAAAAGAAUGCAGUUGGAGCAGCAGAAGGUAGUAAUACAGAUGAAUUAGCGCAACUAAUGCGUGCAGCGCAUGCCCGCAACGACAAAAUUGCACAAUUCAGAAAAAAGAAAGAGUUGGAUGAAUUUGUAAGGAAAAUGAAACUUGCUGUGCGCAAUAAAAGUGUUGAUGACGAAGUACGUAGAGAAUUUUUCUUAAAACUACUCAAUAAAAGUAUUAUCGAUGCCACCGAAGAAUUGGAUAGCAUUCAAUUAGAAAAACAAAUGGUAGAAAUGCGUACAAUGCAUGGUUCAGCCGGUGCACAAUCUAAUGAGCAUUUCGAUAAAGUCAAAGCAAUAUCUACUUCAGACGCAGCUGGACAUUCACAUCAUCAUCACCAUCAUCUUUCACAACAACAGAAGAAAAAACCUAUGCAACCGUUCAUUAUUACACGUAACUCUGCACAAAAGGCGGUAUUCGGUGCAGGCUAUCCAAGUUUGCCGGUAAUGACAGUCGAUGAGUUUUACGAUCAACGUGUACGGGAAGGAGUUUUCCCUGAUGAAGAGAAGGUAGCCAAAAUGAAUCGAGAACAAGCAAUAGCCGCUGCACAAGAUCCCAAUGAGAAGGAGGAUCAAGAAAAGGCUGUUGAAGAGAUUCAAGUUGAGAAUGAUGAUCCAGAAUAUUUAGCACGUAUGCGCCGCAUGGAUGAAUACAAAGAUGUUGUACGUCGUGGUGACGGCAACCGUUAUAAUCGCAGUUAAAUCACCGCUCAUAUUUAUUUAUUAUGAAUGUGUAACAAAAUAAAAGCACGUUUCCUUGUUCUUUUAGGACGACUUCGAUGAUUUCAUAUAAAUAAAAAUAUAAAAGUUUUCAAACAA